UGGGUUCUUUAUGGGUAUUGUUCAUGACGAAAAAUCUAGUGGAUAUGUUACUGCAAGCAAAAGUAGUGAAUUGGAAUAUAGUAACUGGCAAGAAACUGUAAACACUGAAACAGCUGCAACCAGUUGCACCAGGAUGGGUUAUCUUGGCUACUGGGAAUCUUACUCGUGUGACGAAAAACUGUAUUUCAUUUGUGAGAGUGAUGAAUAUAUAGAGAGGAGUUCUUUCGGAACAUCAUGGAAAACACGCUCCAAAUCAUACAUGUAUGAUGGCCAUUACUACAGGACUGUUAGUUUAAAGGCAACAUAUGACGUUGCUCAGAAAAAGUGUAAGAAAGCUGGUGUGUAUCUUGUUGAACUCAACAGCGGAAGUGAAAAUAGCUAUGUCCAUGACAAGAUGCGUGAACUAUAUCAUGAUGAAUGGUAUUUCAUUGGAGGAUCGGAUACCAAACAGGAAGGAUAUUUCGUAUGGAGUGACAACCAAGCUUUAACCUUUGAGAAUUGGUGGCCUGGAGAACCUAAUGAUAAAUAUUAUGAGGAUUGCAUAGAAAUGAGAUAUCAGGGAAAGUGGAAUGACGUCCACUGUAGACAAUUCAAACGAUAUAUCUGUGAAAAAGCAAUCAGUGAUAGCGGAUAAAGUCGGUAUAAAUGCACGUGUCACAACAGAGGCUAAAGUCGGAACAAAUGCACCAGUCACACCACCUUCGAAUUCACCGGAGCGGACGACCGCAGAUUAUUUUUAUUAAUUCUCUGUAUCAAUCGUAAUUUCUUUUAGAAAAUUAAAGAUGUGACUACAUAACCAAUA